AUGGCAAAUAACUCUUACUUCUCUAUCCCAAUACACACAACCUCUCUUGACAAUGAUAGACAAAGGGAAAUACAAUUAAACAAGAAUGAGCUGAAAAAGCUGGAUAAGAGAGACUUUAGUGAUAUAUCUUCUAGAGUGAUUAAGACCAGAGAAUUACUUAACAAGUUACAGAAUGAGUUGCAAAAAGACCACUGCAAUAAUGAGCUUAUAGAUGAAGAAAGGGCUGUUAACAAGCAUUUUACUAAGUUGCUGAACUGGGAGGAAAACAUGAUAAGGCAGAAAUCCAGAGCUACCUGGAUUGCUUUGGGAGACAGGAACACGAAGUAUUUCCACAGGUGUAUGAAACAGAGAGCUUCUAAGAAAAGAAUAGUGAGACUGAAGUUUAAUGACAUCAUGAUUGAGGAUCCAGAAAUGCUUAAGGUGGAAAUCCUUAAUCACUACAAGUAUUUCUUUGGAGAUUCUAUGACAAACAGAAGAAGUGUGAAGCCUACAGUGUUUGAUCAGGGUCCUCUUGUAAACAAUGAGGAAAAUCUUAUGCUUAACAGCCCUGUCUCUGAUGAUGAAGUGAGAAGAGCCAUGUUCAGCAUUGACAUGGACAAGGCCCCAGGCCCUGAUGGGUUUGGCAGUGCUUUCUUCAGGAAAAGCUGGAAUAUUGUAGGAGGAGAUAUAAUCAAAGCUGUGAAAGAUUUCUUUACCACUGGCAAGAUGCUCAGACAAGCCAAUGCUACUAUUGUCUCUCUGAUUCCAAAAGUGGAUAACCCUGAGAUCAUUAGUGAGUUCAGACCCAUAGCGUGCUGCAAUACCAUGUAUAAGGUUAUCUCUAAAAUUCUAGCCAAAAGGAUGAGUAGUAUUUUGAGCAGAAUUGUUAGCAGCAGUCAAUCUGCUUUUGUUCCUGGGAGGAGUAUUGCUGAUAACAUCCUUCUAGCCCAUGAAUUGGUGAGAAACUAUCAUAGACAAAAUGGUAGAUCCUGUGCUAUGAAGGUAGAUUUACAAAAAGCAUAUGACACGGUUGAGUGGGACUUUAUUGAGGAAGUUUUGUUGGGGCUGAGAUUUGAGAGAAGAUUCAUUAAGCUGAUUAUGGAGUGCAUUAAAUCUGCUAAGUUCUCUAUCCUUGUUAAUGGUGAAAGUUGUGGUUAUUUCCAGAGUGCUAGAGGCCUUAGACAGGGGGACCCAAUAUCCCCCCUGAUCUUCAUCCUUUGCAUGGAGUACCUGUCCAGGAGUUUGGCUCUUAAUAUUAUGGAAGGAACUGGUUUCAAGUUCCAUAAAAGCUGCAACAAGAUUAGACUGUGUCAUUUGGCAUUUGCAGAUGACCUCUUCCUUUUCAGCAAUGGAGAUAUGAGUUCUAUUGCUAUCCUGAAAAACACCAUGAUGGAUUUUUCUCUCUCCUCAGGCCUCCCCCUUAUGUCUUCUAAACUUACUAAGGAGAUGUGCAAGGGCCUUAUUGAUAGAAUUGCUAAGAAAAUUUCUACCUGGACCUCAAAAUGCCUGUCGUACGCUGAAAGGCUCCAAUUAAUAAACUCUGUCCUCUUAAGUAUGCAUAUUUACUGGUGUUCAGUGUUUAUUUUACCCAAAUCUGUGAUAUAUGGAGUGGAAGAGAAAUGCAGGAGGUACCUCUGGCAUGGAAACACUGAGAAAAAGGGGAGUAACAUUAGAUGGGAUGUAGUCUGCUCUACUGCCGUUACAAAGAAUGUAUGGAAUAUUGUGUCUUUCAAGCCAUCUCUUUGGGCUAAAUGGGUGACCAUAAAAAAGCUGAGAUUAUCUAGCUUCUGGGGGAUAGCUAAACCCUUAGACAGCUCUUGGAGCUGGAGAAACAUCCUGAAAAUUAGACAUUUAGUUGGCCACCUCUUUGAUUACAGAUUGGGAGAUGGGAAAAAGUUCUUCUUCUGGGGAGACCCUUGGGUGAAUGGGAUGUAUAUUUCUGACAGAUUCCCAGGUAUUGAUAUUAAAGACUCUAACAUUAAAAAAGCAACUAAAAUCUGCAAUUUAUGGAAAAAUGGGAGAUGGCAUUUACCUGACCCUAUGGAUGAGACUACUAACUCAGCCUGGGGAUACAUAAAAGAGAACUUCAGAAUUAGAAAUGGAAUUGAAGAUUUGGUGAGUAACAAAGCUAGAAAGGAUGGCAAGUUCACUAUCAGGAGUGUGUGGCAGAAGCUGAUCCCUGAGGGAAAUAUGGUAAAUUGGAGUCAUCUUAUCUGGUAUCCAGGUAACAUCCCAAGAUGUUCUUUUAUUACUUGGAUUGCUUUGCAUAACAGACUGAUGACGAAAGAUAAACUCAAAAGAUGGAAUAUUAUCAAUGAGGACACCUGCAGCAUGUGUAAUGGGCAUAGAGAAAGCAGAAAUCAUCUGCUAUUUGAAUGUAUUUUCUCAAAGGAUGUUUGGAAGAGGGUCCUGGAAAUGCUGAGAAUCAACAGAAAUGGCUUCAACUGGAACAGAGAGGUUGUAUUCUUUACCAGAAGAGCGUGUGGUAGAUCUGAAGAAGCAAAGAAGAGGAGAAGGGCUUUUACAGCUACUGUUUACUGCAUUUGGAAAGCCAGAAAUGAAAUGGUCUUUAAUGCUAAGAUGACUAGAGUAGAAGAUUGCUUCAAAAGCAUAUCUGUGCUUGUAUCAGCAGCUGCUGAAUUGUUUUGUUGGUUUAUAGCAAGUCUUGCUCUUUUGUUGUGUGCGUUUGUGUCGACAAGCGAAGAUGGCGAGUUAGAGAGAGUGAGCGAGUCAGCUGACGUUGAACUCUUGAACUGA